CACUUCCAGGUGUGUGUGUGUUGUGUGUGUGUUGUGUGUGUGUGUGUGUGUGUGUGUGUGUGUGUGUGUGUGUGUGUGUGUGUUGUGUGUGUUUACGGCGGGGGAGGGGGAGUACGAGCUGCGGAUGGAGAGCUGGGCGCAACCCAGCAUCCAGGGAGGGUGAAGCUUGAAUGAGAAAGACCCCGGAGCGCCAAGAAAACCUUGGGACCGUCCGCAGACUUGGUGCAAAGGAGAUCCCACAUCCGACAAGCACCCCUUCUCUCCCCCCUCCCCCCCCCCCCCCCCCCACCCACCCAUCGACACCCCAGCAACAUGCAGCUGAACGGCGGCUCCGGGGAGCGCGGCGUCGGUGCGGCAGUCAGCGGAGGUUUAGCCCGCCAGGGCUGGCCUUGAAUCCAGCGCAAAUGCAGCCGCAGAGGACGUCGACGGUGCCGAGCACAGCCAACGGUGUCCCGGGCCCGGGAGAGGAGGCAUCGGCCGAGGUCCGGGAGGAGCAGAGACCGGCGAAGCAGUCACUGAGUACCUCUGUGUGCAGGGAGUCACACUGGAAGUGUCUGAUCCUCUCACUCCUGAUGUAUGGCUGCCUGGGGGCUGUAGCCUGGUGCCAGCUAACCCGGGUCACCAAACUCAGCUUCGACAGCUCCCUGAAGGGCAAGUCCAUGAUCUACCAUGACAGCCCCUGCUCCAACGGGUACGUGUACAUCCCGCUGGCUUUCCUGGCGAUGCUCUACAUGGUCUACCUGGUGGAGUGCUGGCACUGCCACGCCCGCAGCGAGCUGCAGCACAAGGCGGACAUCGACAGCGUGUACGAGCGCAUCGGCCGCAUGCAGCGGGCCACCCCUUGCAUCUGGUGGAAGGCCAUCAGCUACCACUUCGUGCGGCGCACCCGCCAAGUGACCCGCUACCGCAACGGCGACGCCUACACCACCACGCAGGUGUACCACGAACGGGUCAACACGCAUGUGGCCGAGGCCGAGUUCGAGUACGGCCGCUGCGGCGUGCGCGACGUCUCCAAGCAGCUGCUGGGCCUAGAGCGCCACCCGGCCACCCGCCUGCGCUUCACCAAGUGCUUCAGCUUCGCCAACACCGAGUCGGAGAACUGCUACCUGAACCAGCGGGCGCACUUCUUCAGCGAGAUCGAGGGGCUGGACGACUACAUGGAGGCCCGGGAGGGCAUGCAGCUGAAGAACGUGGACUUCAAGGACUACAUGAUGGUGUACGCCAACCCCGACCGCCUGCCCUGGUACAUCUCCCACUACGCUUUCUGGGCGGCCGGCCUGCUCAUGCUGUCGUGGCCGCUGCGGGUGCUGGUCGAGUACCGGACCGCCUACGUGCACUACCACGUGGAGAAGCUCUUCGGCCUGGAGUACGCGGCGGCCACGCCGAGUGACGAGGCGGGCCUGUGCUCGCCGGUGGCCCGGGUGGGCACGGUGGACAGCACCGAGCUGGAGUGGCACAUCCGCACCAACCGCCAGCUCAUCCCCAGCUACUCGGAGGCCGUGCUGAUGGACCUGGCCUCGCUCUCCAUCUGCAACGGCUACUCGACCUGCGGCAUCGUGCGGGCCGACUGCGACGGCCGCUCCAGCAGCUCCUCCAUCUUCUCCCGCAACGUGGGCCGCAGCCACUCGCGCUUCUCGCUGGACACCAGCCGCUUCUCGCUGUGCCGGGUGCACGGCUCCGGCCGCACCGGCCUCUGGCGGAGCCGCAGCAGCAACCUUAACGAGCGCGCCCGCGACGACCAGUGCCGCUCCUACUCCAGCCAGCUGGCCAUCAGCGACAGCCCGCCCAACUACCACGACGCCCGCUUCUUCCCUGUGCUCAUCGUCCACCGGCCCUGCCAGGGCCGAGAGGGGGACGGCCGCAGAAGCGGCCAAAUGCUAACUCCCAAAAGGUUCCAACGGGAGUUUUCUGGUUAAAAUCUUUUCAGCAACAGAUGGGUGAAGACAAGGCAAGGUAAGUUCAUUUGCAGACUUACAGUUUGUAUGUUAUUGCAGUCAGAGGAACUAAGAGUUUUGGUCGAAAUGGAUGGACAAUUUGCAGGACUCAACAACACACAAUCAAACAAGCAGCCUGCUGUUGAUCUGACUUGGGUGUGUAUCCCACCAAACAGCUUGAGGUCCUGGACACUCAAUCCAAAGUGUCGGUGGUGUAACAUUGAACAUAGAGAAGCUACUGAUGUCUCUCAUUUGUUCUUUCUCACAUGCUGUAGAACAGAUUGUUGAAGAUAGACUGGGAGCAGUCACUUUGCACAUUGUUCCUUCAUCUGUUUAUGUGGCUUUGGAGGGUGGGGGAGGGGGGGAGGGAGUUGUCACACUGUUAUAAUGUUCCUCUGUCCACCAUUGUAAUGCCUGCAUUGAAGCACUGGUUUAACGUGGUAUGGUUUCACCCUGCGUGAAUGGGGGUCACAGCUCACUCACAAUACCACAAGAACAGGACAUCGUAAAGGAAGACCUCACACAAGAGACCUCUUCAAUUAGCAAUUCAGCUUAGUUAAGCACAGGACUGGAAAAGAUUCUAAGGUCCGCCUCAAACGUCAAGAGCUCCAGUUCCUAUUCCCAUCUUCUAUUGGAUCUCAUCAUAUUAUGUCCCUCUGCCUUAAAUCUUGGGCUUGUCACUCUUCUACUCCUGACUCCUGGUUCUAGAGCUUGUGGCAAAGUGGAACACAUUAACUGGGUUCAAUUUGUAAAUCUUCAGCUAUUAAGUAAGAUUGGCAUCUGCUUAUAAAUUGGGCGUGUAUUUGAAAAGGAAAUAAUUUCCCAGGCUUUGGUGUCAGCCCAGAGAGAGUGGAGCUCGUUGGAUGGAUUGUUAGAGAUGAUAUGAUGAGGCAAAUAGCCUUCCUCUCAGUUCUAAGUUUCUUGGAUAUGCUCUAAAUAUUGUUCACACAGGACAAGCAGAAAUUGAGAAUUCUAUCUCACAAAAGCUGGGGUUAACUCAGACUGUCUGGAUUUCUGUUAAACUGGAAUAUUUAGGGAACCAAUGUGCAUUUGGAAUGCAGAUGUAGAUCUUGAGGAGCUCCUUCUUGCCCUGUUCCAGAGCUAGAACAAGAGGUGGCAGAACAGUUGUCAACCUUACAACACUGAGCAAGUUUAUGGAAUAUCCCUUCAGCUGCAUUUAUAGCGCCAUUGCUCAUUUACACAAGCGAAACUUGUCCUUACUAACCAAUAAUUUUUCUCCAGGCAGAGUGGUUGUGAGGUUGAGUGCUGUAUUGGCACAGUGGAU